AUGUAUUCAGCACGGCAGGAGAUGGAUGAAUGGGAGGAAGAGGAGCAGCUUGUUGUUGCGGAGCUGUCGGGGAUUAUAAACUCAGAAUUUCUGACUAAAUGCCGAGGCAAAUGCAAGAUUGUGGAUAUCGACAGUGACCAGCCAAUUAUGCAGGUGGGAAGAUAUGUCUUUGCUGGAAAUUAUGAAGACGCGUUGGGCACUUGUGUGAUACUGGAGGAACAAGGAGAUGCUGGAAAUCCGGACCUUAAAUAUAAAUGCCACACCAUGAAGAAACUUAUGAUGCAAAGAACCUUCUUGACGGAGAAGAAAGAAGAAGAGCCCGUUUCUGUUGGCAUAGAGACUCUCGCCCUGAGUGAAGGGAAUCCAAGCGACAGAUUCACUAGUAUUAUCUGCAGCUUUGGAAAGGAUCAUAUAGCGCCAGAUGGAGCUGAUGCUGAUGCUUUAGGUGCCAGUUCAGAUUCAGACCCCGAAGGGAUGGAAAGGGAACAGUCAUCCAUGGGGGACAAUCCAGACAACAACUGAUAUGGACAGCAGGGCGUUAAUACAUUAUGUUCUAUCUGGGACAUUCAUUAUGGAGCAAAGGAAAAACCUACGCAAUAUCCCCAAAUUAACGGUAUCUCAUUUGUGUCUUAUAAAAUUAGCAGUAUUUUCACAUAACCUUUUAUUAAAAAAAUAUUGUUAAUGACUUUUGUAGUUAACUGUUUGGUACGGUGUGAAAACCUGGAAGCAUAGCCUGCACAUUACAUCAACAUGCGCGUUUGGCGUUCAGUUCUUGCAACUCGUUCCAAUCAAGAAUAGCCGUUACCAUGGGUAUGAAAGAACCGUUACCAUAACAUUUGUGUUUUUGUGUAAAUUUUCAACAUUCUCGUAUUAUAAAAAACGCUGCGUUAGUGCAUAAAGCUAGGGAGACUUACAACUGACCACACGUCUUGAUGCAAAGCCAUAUUGUAUUCUAAUAUGGCUAAACCUAGACUUCGAGGAACCGGCGAGAGAGGUGUUAAAGUUCUUAAAAACAAAAUAGACAUGGGGCCUCGGGAAACUAAAGCUAAUUCUACUGGAAGUAAGAGUGACAUGAAGCCCCGCUCUGGCAGACAAAUGGGACAUCGUGGUCUUGGAAAAGCAGGGGCGAAACGGUUGGGUCAGAUGUUGAAGAAAGCAAUUCAACAGAAAGAAGGAGUUCAAGGAAACAAAGAUUUACCAAAGACCCCAGUUGGUUUGUUAAAACACCAGGCUGAUGCAAUUGCGAAAGCCACAGCCAGUGAGAGGCCAAAGUUGGUCCCACGCGUUUCUGAUCUCAUCCUGCAAGUAAUAGCGCAGUGCAAAAGCCAGGGGGGCAUAUCCAUGGUAGAGCUCAAGAAGGCUCUGGCUGCUGGCGGUUAUGACGUGAGCAAAAACCAUUCACAAGUGAAUAAGGUAGUGAGGGGACUUGUGAGGACGGAAACUCUUUUGCAAACCUCUGGAAAAGGAACAGAGUCAUAUAGGUUUAACACAAAGAAAUUAACAAGUGAGAAGAGAAUCCGGACAAGGGCUGCAAGAAAGAAAGAGGCAGGUAAAGUGGUGAAGGAAAGCCCAGUGGCUCAGCUUAGCGCAGCAACAGAGAGAUCUACAGAGGCGCCCUCUAAAGCAGCCAGCAGAGAUAAACCAACCAGCAAGGCCAUGCCAGGAGAAAAGUCUGCUGAGACGGUGAGAAAUGCUAAACCAAAGGCCAGAGCAUCACCGGCAAAACGAAUCAAGAACAGUCCAAAGAAGAAAGGCGGUGAAGGCAAAACGAAAGCAACCAGAAAAAAUAGGAGAUAAUACAACUAGAUUUAUGCCAGAUCAUUUGACAACUAACAUUGUGAAAUAUGGCUUACUUUUGUGGCUAUAAACAAUAAAAACUUUGAUAACA